AUGGGAGGAGUUAUCUUCAAUGAUGAGGAAUUGGGUUUUGAUUUACCAUCAAAUGGAGCUGGUGAUGAUAAUCGAACGGUUCUCUUGGUCGGUCGAACUGGAAACGGAAAAAGUGCAACUGGAAACUCCAUAUUGGGGAGAAAAGCCUUCCUUUCCAAGAGUAGCUUAUCUGGUGUUACAUUUACAACUCAACUACACCAAAUUCACUUUCCAAACUCUCAAACUCUUAAUGUUAUUGAUACACCUGGAUUAUUUGAUACUUCACUUGACCAUGAAACUAUUGGUAGUGAAAUACUCAAAUGCUUUCGAAUGGCUAGUGCUGGUGUUCAUUCUAUCCUCGUGGUUUUUUCUCUAAGAAGUCGGUUUUCUAAGGAAGAAGUAUCUGUUAUUCAUUGUCUCAAGGAACUAUUCGGAGAAAGGAUCUAUGACUACAUGAUCGUUGUGUUUACCGGUGGAGAUGACUUGGAAGAGGAAGAAGAAGAGUCUUUUGAUGAUUAUUUGGUUCAACAGAAUUCUGAAUCUCUUCAGGAAAUCCUUCGUUACUGUAACAAUAGAAAAGUUUUAUUUGAUAACAGGACAAAGGAUAAAGACAAGCUAACUCAACAACGAAAGAAUCUUCUUACAAUAGUGGAUCAGGUAAUGAAUUCAAAUGGGGGUCAGCCAUAUACUAAUGAAAUGUUCCAGGAACUACAAAGAGCAGACAAGGAAUUGAAAGAACAAAUCAAGGCGUUGGAUUUGGUAGAAAAUUCCAAUUCUGAUUCAUCUCAACUGAUGAUGAUGGAGAAGAGGCUCAAAGAAUAUGAAGAGAAGAUGAUUCAGAAGGUUCGAUCAAUGUUGAUUGAUACAAAUUUGAUGCUUAAACAACAAUUGGCAGAAGAAAAGCUUGCACGGAUAAAUGCAGAAGAAAAGGUUGCACUGUUAAAGAGUGAAAUCGAUACUCUAAAGAAAUCACGUUUAUGCGCCAUUAUGUGA